GAUUCUGCCUGGCUCUGUCUUGCCUGGUGUUUCCUGACAGUUGGGACGCCCCUGAGAUGCGGUUCCUGUGCGGGGAGGAGGUGGGCAGCUUCUCCUCGGGUCGCUGCUCUGUGCACUGGGCUUUCAUACUGGCCAUACUGGGAGUGCUGGACGCGCUGAUCCUGUCCACGCUAGCCUUCGUACUGGGGAACCGGCAGGACGCCCUGCUGCCUCCCAGUGGACCCCCAAACAAGAACGGUAUGAGGCAUCUCCUUGGGACUCAGUAGCAUUGCCAUGGCGACUCUGUGUCUGUAGUCAGGGCUGCACAAUGGAGAGCUUCAGGGUCUUCUGCAUAUGUGGUGACAUCAUAGCUUAAAAAAAAAAAAAACAAUGCUGGUGCUCC